AUGUUUGCUCGACACGGCAUACCAGAUAAGGUCAGAUCAGAUAAUGGUCCUCAGCACGCCUCUGAUAUAUUCGCAAAGUUUGCAAAAAAAGUACGACUUUGUGCACACAACAAGUAGUCCGAGAUAUCCCCAAUCGAAUGGAGAAGCCGAGCGAAUGGUACAGACUAUGAAGAAACUACUAACGAAGAGUGAUGAUCCUUACCAGGGAUUGUUGUCUUAUCGUUCAGCUCCUCUGUCAAAUGGAUAUUCUCCGGCAGAAUUACUAAUGGGUAGACAACUGAGAAGUUUUGUCCCAACCACACUAGCUACUCUUUUACCUAAACGUGUUCCCUACAGAGAUAUACAAGUCAAUGAACAAGUUCAGAGACAGAAGACAAAGGAGACAUUUGACAAACACCAGAGAGCCAAAGAAUUACCACCAUUAUUUCAAGGAGAAAAAGUUUGGAUUCCUGAUAGAACAGAGAGAGGGUCAAUUUUACAACAGUCUAAAACACCAAGAUCAUAUACAGUAGCAGCACCAUCAGGAGAAUUUCAUAGAAACAGAAGACACAUAGUCAGAGAUCAUCAACAAAAAGAACCAGUACCAGAAGAACAGAAGACUGAAAUGAAGAAAAAAGAACCAACAGAAAGUACAGUGCAACAUCCACCUUCAAUACAACCAGGUCUAACAACAACAAGAAGUGGUCGAGCUGUCAAGCCACCGCAGAAACUAGACUUAUAGUUUAAAGUUUGACUAUAUAGUGUUAGAGUUACACCAGUUUUAGAUGUUUUACAGAGCUGGGAAAGGGGGAUGUGGCAUGUGGUAUGUUAGUGUUAUGUUACCUAUGUGUAAUUAUAUAUAAUCAUCAGUGUAUUACUAUAACUAUAAUACAAAGAGUC